AUGGCAAUGAUAAAUGAAUGGACGAAUAAAGAAAAAUGCCAGCUGAUGUGCAGGGAGGUCAUCUUCCUGGGGAAUUGGGUGGGAGAGGAGGGCAUCAGCACGGAGGCCAGCAAGAUCGAGGUUGUCUGUGACUGGCCUACACCUGUUAACCCACGCCAACUCAGAGGCUUCCUGGGGCUCGCCUCUUAUAGGAGGUUUGUGCAGAGCUUUAUCACCAUCGCUGACCCCAUGCACAGCCACCUGCGUAAAGAGGAGCCCUUUGUAUGGACCCCUGAGCACCUGGAGGCAUUCAGUUGUCUGAAGAGCACACUGUGCAAGGCUCCUGUGCUGGCUCCAUCGGACCCCCACCCUCCCUUCCUGCUGUACACAGAUGAGAGCGAUGAGGGCCUCGGAGCUGUCUUGUCCCAACCGUGA